AUGAAGCAUAACUCAUUAGAGCUGUCACUUUUGAAGGACAUACAAGAAUCAGAUAAGUCAGAUACUAUCGCACCAAAGCAUAACGGCAUAAACACAAUUCCACCCGUUUAUAGAAAGUCUCCAAGAACUCCAUCUAAUACACUAUACACUGAAGAAACUUUUGAUAACAGUUUAAUGCAUGUUAAUAUGGAUCCUGCUAGAUAUCGUGGCCUUCGUGAUUUGGAUCUGGAUUCCUGGGAUGAUGAAGCAGCAGCAAAACUACGAUUUUCAUUGCGUCCUUCUGGGGAUUUACUGGAUUAUUUGUCACUAUGUAGACAUCCUUGUGGUCUUCGUGCCUUAAUUCACUCAGUGAACUCACGACCUCUUAGGCGAACAUUUGGUGUCAUUUGGUUUGUUCGGGAUAUUUGUGGAAUAAUAUGUCUUUUUGUUACGUGGAUGCUUAUCUUAUAUGCAGAGUUUGUAAUAGACUUCAUCAUACUUGGUCAUACGCCAUCUCCUACCUUCUGUUGGAUAAGCGGAACAGUUUAUCACUUUUUUGCUUUACUUGCUGUUGUUUCUCAUUUUAAAGCAUUCACCACUGAUCCAGGUAGUAUUCCUAUUGGUGCAGCAAAUCAAGCACUUGGAAAAUAUUUACUGCAGUAUUCUUCUUAUUUAUCCACUAUGCCUGUACGUUGUACAAAGUGUCUUUCAAUUAAGCCACUACGUGCUCAUCACUGCCGUAUCUGUCAAAGAUGUAUUCGUAAAAUGGAUCAUCACUGUCCUUGGGUGAAUAACUGUGUUGGCGAAGGAAAUCAAAAGUAUUUUAUUCUUUUUGCUUUUUAUAUCUGCCUCAUGUCGUUUUCCGCUAUAGCUAUGUGUAUUUAUUUCAUUUUUCAAUGUCUGAGCUCGGAUUGGGAAGUUUGUCAACCCAGUCAAAGCUUUACCCAGCUAGGGAACUUCAGUCCAUUAGCAUGCAGUGCAUUUGCUUUAGGAUUAAUAUGUGAAUCUCUCAUGUUCGGCAUUUUCACAUUGGUUAUGUGUAUCAGUCAGUUGUGUGCUAUUUCUAAUGAUGAGACGGGUAUCGAAAACUUUAAAAAAGAACAGACAUCCUGGGAAAAACAAUCAAGUAGACAAAAUUUCAAGAAAGCAUUCGGUUCCCGGUUCUCAUGGAAAUGGUUUAGCCCCUUUUCACCGCCUCCACCUCUAGCACCGGUAGUACCAGGGCUUCCAAACAAUUUCGAUUCAACAGUUAUGUUACAUUUCGCUGAGCAAAAUGCAACUCGUUCUGGUUCAAUUGGAUUCCAAACAGAUCUCAAUCAGGUGCUUUAUGUUGUUUGA